GGUACAGCAGGUGGCGCAUUGUCCCUGAACGUUGGUUUGUAGUCCGUCAAUAAAAACUACAGAAGAGGAGACGUUAAGGAGUAACGACAAGAAUAACAAGUGGACAGUCGCUCAUAUAUUCUCUAACAAGAAAAUGGACACGCGCUUCACUCGAGGGAAAUCCAACAUCUUGGAGCGCCCGCUGACCCGACCCAAGACCGAGGUCAGCGUGAGCGCCUUCGCCCUCCUGUUCUCCGAGAUGGUCCAGUACUGUCAGAGUCGCGUGUACUCGGUGUCGGAGCUGCAGACCCGCCUGGCGGACAUGGGCCAGAGCGUGGGCGCCAGCAUGCUGGACGUGCUAGUGCUGAGGGAGAAGAAUGGCAAGAGGGAGACCAAAGUGCUCAACAUGCUGCUCUUCAUCAAGGUUAACGUGUGGAAGUCUUUGUUUGGGAAGGAGGCAGACAAGCUGGAGCAGGCCAACGACGACGACAAGACCUACUACAUCAUAGAAAAGGAGCCGCUCAUCAACGCCUACAUCUCGGUGCCCAAGGAGAACAGCAGCUUGAACUGCGCCGCUUUCACCGGCGGCAUCAUGGAGGCCAUCCUCACGCACAGCGGCUUCCCCGCCAAAGUCACCGCCCACUGGCACAAAGGCACCACGCUGAUGAUAAAGUUCAACGAGUCGGUCAUCGCCCGGGACAAGGCUCUGGAUGGCAGAUAGGGGGGGGUUAAUCAUCACAGGGUGAAGAGAAAUCACCCCGGGCCCGAUCGUGUUUAUUCGCUGACUGAAUUUCUUCGUGGUAACUUCUGAGAUGGUAUGGAUGGAUGGAUGGAUGGAUGGAUGGAUGG